GAAGCGGGCCUGGGCGGAUGUCUCCUGCGCGACCGUGCACCCGGUUGAGGGCCGCAGUGGCUUCCAGCAUGGGGUUGAGCGAUGGGCCGGUGGGCUCUGCCCGCAGCGGCCGCCUCCUCCGUCCCCCGAGCCCCGCUCCGGCGGCGCCGGGGGCCCGGCUGCUGCGGCUCCCGGGGAGUGGGGCGGGGCCGGCCGCAAGCCCCGAGCGCGCCGGCUGGACCGAGGCGCUGCGGGCUGCGGUGGCCGAGCUGCGCGCCGGCGCCGUGGUGGCCGUCCCCACCGACACGUUGUACGGCCUGGCCUGUUCGGCGAGCUGUUCGGAGGCACUGGGCGCUGUGUAUCGUCUCAAGGGCCGCAGCGAGACAAAGCCGCUGGCCGUUUGCCUGGGCCGCGUGGCCGACGUCUACAGGUACUGUCAAGUGAGAGUACCGGAGGAGCUCCUAAAAGAGCUGUUGCCAGGACCAGUGACCCUGGUGAUGGAACGCUCAGUGGAGCUCAACAAAGACCUGAACCCUUUUACUCCUCUUGUGGGCAUCCGGAUUCCUGACCAUGCUUUCAUGCGGGAGUUGGCCCAGAUGUUUGGGGGACCACUUGCUCUCACCAGUGCCAACCCCAGCUCCCAAGCCAGUUCCCUGAAAGUUGAGCGCCCUAGAAAGCACUACAGCCACCCUCCGGAAGUACAGGCUGCUCCCUUCACACGGAUCCCGCUCAUGAACUUGCGGAGAUGGACACUGUGGACACAGGGAUGGCGCUGGAUACUGUGUGUCUGUCUGCUGGUGAUCGGUGAGGCCUCAUUUGGAGGCCACUGGAACCACAUCACUAGCCCAAGCUGUUACCCAACAUAUCUUUCUGAGCUCUAGAUCAGAAGCUACUGUUUUAGCUUUGUCCUUCAGAAAGGCUGUAUUUAUUCUAGUUUUGUGUCUCAGAUGAAAACCCAAUAAAGUGGUGAAGAACAUU